AUGAGCAACGCUUCUUCCAAUCACAACGCCAUGGCAAAUCAGCAACCUGAUUCCGAAAACAGUAACACGGUUGCCAGCACCACCACCACCAACGAAAAGCAACUACAGCCACCAACACCACCACCACCACAGCCACCAGCAACUGAUAUCGACUCAAUCCAUGCCGAUCUGUUCCCUCGCUAUGAUAUGACAGCAUCAUCCGAAGAUCCGGGUUCAGCUUUUUAUAGCAAGGCCACAGGAACAACGACCACUCAAGGUGCCGAAGAAAGUGAAUUUGUCAAGGCAACAUGGCGACUCAAGUUGACCAUUGUCAUGUGCAUGCUGGCACUUCCUAUUGGAUGUCAUUAUCUUGAAGCUACUGUGGGCACCCUCAAGACCGCAUUAAAGCAUAAUAUGAACAUCAAUAAUACCCAAUUCAGUAUUCUUGUCUCUGCUGUCAACCUUGUCAACACCAUCCUCCCCAUGUUGGCUGGUUUCUUUAUCGAUGACUUGAGAAGUCUUGGAUCCAUUCGUGGUACCUCUUUGGUCAGCAUCAUUGUUUUCCUUGGUAGUGUGCUUGUAUCCAUCGGUAGCACCAAGAGCAGUUAUCCCAUCAUGGUGGUAGGCCAAGUUGUGUAUGGCCUAGCAAGUGGUAUGAUCGUCACGAUGCAAGAAGGCAUUUUAUCACGUUGGUUCAGAGAUCGACAAAUAGCAAUCAUCAUUGGUAUCCAUUUAUGCGUUGCACGGCUCACAAAGUUCAUUGCCAAGUUGGUCUGCUAUCCGAUUGUGACAUCUUCAGGCUCAAGCUCAACGCCCUUAUACGUUGCCAUGCUACUGUGUGGCAUGGGUGUUGUCACAAACGGGAUUUAUUGGAUCGUUAUGGUGCGAAACGGGUGGGCUACCAGCAAUGGCAAGGAAAUUGCACAACCCAAACAAAAGUAUGAGAAUCGCUCGGUCAUGGGAAGUAUGGCUGUUGUCAAUAGCCAGCAUCAACCAUACAACUCGGAUGUUAUCUCCCAGGUUACGGGUACCAGAACAGCAGCAGCCAAUUGUCUCAAAUCAAAAUACUCGCUCAAGCUACUUCUUUUACUUCCAAGCACAUUCUGGAUGGUGCCCUGGAUGCAGCUUAUCUUUUCAAGUGUGCUUAGCAGUUUCGAAGACGUUGCAACUGAGUUUGUGGAAUUUCGAUAUAGCACAACCAGUGUCAUGGCAGGAUACCAAAGUAGUCUUACUCAAGUGGUCCCCAUUGUGGCUGCUCCAGUAAUGGGUCUUGUGGUCCAUCGUUUUGGCAAGCGUCUCACCAACCUGUUUGUUGCUGCCAUUGUGCUCGUGGUAUCCAUGGUGCUUCUCGCGUACACUUGGGUUGUUCCUGCUGUCGGCAUGAUUUUGAUUUCACUUUCUUUGGCAUUGGGCCCGGUAUCUAUUCUUACAUCCACUUCGAUGCUCCUUCCACAUGAAUUAUCCGGCACAGGUAUGGCUCUUCACAAGUGUGCCAACAAUAUUGGAACGACCAUUGUCUCUGUGAUUGUGGGCUAUGUUCAAGACUUGACGUACCAUGACGGCAAUAGUGCGGAUAAUGCAAGGGAUCUUCAAAACGAGUAUGAUGGCGUAUUGGUUUGCUACCUGGUAAUGGCAGGAUGUGCAACGCUGGUCGUUGGCAUCUUUUGGCUGAUGGAUCGCAAAAUCCUGGAAGGAUGGCUUCAAGCGGACAAAUUUGAACGUGAGCGUCGUCUCAAAGCAGCCAAGCAUGAACAAGAAGAAGAGGAACGUGCAUACCGAUAUCCUUAUUAUGCAGUGGCACCCGCUGAACAAGAGGAACGUCGUGACAAGGCAUUACAACGCAUUGGCAGCUUACUGCGUAAAAAGAAGAGCUAUGUCUACAUCGGCUUUUACACCUUUUGGUUCAUUGUAUCAUGGGCCGUAUUCUUCACAUUCGCAUUGAUGCCCUUGUAUCAAAAUUAUCAGAGCAAGUUUGCAUAG